CAAGGAAAAAAAAAACAAACGAAGAAAAAUCCAACAUGGCGGCCGCCCACAGUCAUGAGUGGAGGGCUGUGUGCGAAAAAUUCACCAACGCCCAAACCCUUACAGAUGUCGAAUCACGAAAUGACCCCGAAAACGACCCGUUCCGCUCCAAGUACAAGGCCCGGGAGCUUCUCAGAGAGAUCUACUGCUCGCUCAAGAGCUUCGAAGCGGGCGAAGGCGAGGAGGAGAGCGGCGGGCAGCCGACGGAGCGGCCGCUGGACGGGCAGAGGGAGGACGGGCUCGCCCGCCUCAGCGGCGACUCGCCCGCCGGGCUGCGGGCCGCCAAGCUGGGGGCUGUGGAGUACUACCUGGGCGUGAACCACGUCGACACAGAGGAGCUGUCGGCCGGACAGGAGCACCUGACGAACUGCAUGAAGCUGCUGGACAGAUGCGGCGUGUCGUCGCAGAACGUGUCGCUGUUCAUCCAUGUCAGGAACCAGUUGGGCAUCCUGUGGGCUGGACGGGAGGAGAUGGAAACGGCUCAGGGGUAUUUGGAAACAGCAGAGUCCAUCUACAAAGACUAUAUGAAGGAGGACGGGAGCCCUCCCACCGAUAUGACAGAGUACUUCACCACUGAGGAGAACCUGCUGACACAUCAGGAGAGGACCAAGAGGUUUGAAUUGGCCUACACACAUACAAUGUACUACCUUGCUCAAGUCUAUAAAAACCUUGAGCAGACUGAGCGUGCUGCCACCUACUGUCAGAGCACCCUGCAGAGACAGCUACAGUUAAAUCAGUUCAGUCCAAUGGAAUGGGCUCUGAACGCUGCUACGCUGUCACAGUAUUACAUUACUAAGGGCAGAUACAUGGAAGGAAGGCAUUGCCUCUCAGCAGCUACUGUAGUAUCAGGCUUGGCAGGAGAGGUUCCUUCUGAGGCUGCAGCACGGGAAAGUGAGACGGAAAGCGAGCGCAGAGAACAGCUUAGACAGAAGAGAGCAGAAAUUGCAAGAUGUUGGAUCAAGUACUGUCGGAACCUCCUGCAGGAUGCGAGGAAGCUGCUGGAGGACAACAUCGGGGAGCUUGAUACCGAUCGUCAGGAAGAGCUGAAGAGAGAGAGAAGGCGAGACGAAGAGGAGGAAGAGAAGGGCAGGAAGGGCGCUGUACUGUUUGGCUCGGAGGACACGUUCGACUCAAUCGCUUCAGUGGAAGAGAAGGUGCUCUGUUUGUACCCGCUGGAUUUUACAGAGGCCAGAGCUGUGUUUCUGGUGGGACAGAAUUAUGUCACACAGGCCAAGGAGUACUACCUGAUGGAUGGAUAUGUUACGGACCACAUAGAGAUCUUGCAGGACCACAGCGCUCUGUUCAGGGCUCUGGCUUUCUUUGAGGAGGACUUGGAGCGACGUUGUAAAAUGCACAAACGAAGAGUUGACAUGCUGGAGCCGAUCUGCAACGACUUGAAUUCCCAGUACUAUCUGUUGAUCCGCAGACAGCUGAUGUUCGAGUUGGCUGAGACCUACAGUGAAAUGAUGGACCUGAAACUGUCUGUGGCCAACAGACAGGCAGAAACAGAGUCACUAGAUAACCACACCAUAAAGAAAUUUAACCAUCUCUGCUCCGCCUCAGUCAAAUACUUCCAGAUGUUCCUAGACUCCUUGUGUUCCCCUGAUGGGAAGUUUCCAGAGCACCUGGAGGAGGAUGUCCUCAGACCCGCUCUGGUGGCCCGCUUCAGGGUGGCUCGGCUACAGAACCGGCUGAUAAGCUCAAUACCCUCUGUUCAGCUGGAAAACCUCAACAAGUCUCUGGAAAACUACAAGUACGUGGUAGAAUACUGUGAGAGCCAUGCUGCAGCUGCACCCGUCGUGGAGACGGAGCUGGAGCUGAGUAAGGAGAUGGUCGGCCUGCUCCCGCUUAAAAUUAACCGGAUCAAAGCAAAGAUGGCUGCAAACAACUGAGGGAAGCUGCUGUUCAGGGCGUCGCCAACACACACACCACAUGAGCAUUCUCUGUACCAUAGAAUUUAUUGUUUACCUACUCUUAAUCUAGAUCAUCUGUUCAGAUAAAAGUCAUUCUUUGUAGGUUCAUUGCUCACAGAUCUGAUGCUGCACCAAGUAACCCUACGUCCUGGAGGCAGACAUGUACAUAACACUUCUAUGUUUCAUUUUAUUUAACUUUUCAGGAGACUGGUUUAAUAAAGGAUUGUUUAUCAUGUUGGUUCUUAUUUAACAGCGCUUUAUGUUCUGUGAAGCACACUAACGUUCUGUUUUCUCAGCUUUUUAUCACUGAUGGUAAAAGUGAUGUUAAGGUUGACUGUAAUCAUGUUUAGUUUAAAUAAACAGUAAAAAGGUCCAGUUUAUUGUAAUGAGCUAUUUAAUGCCUAUUGUGUGAGCUGUCAGUUCUGAACCACCACUAGUCCAGUAAACAUGAUUAUGUGCAUGAUGCUAACUGUAUCCCCUUCACUCUGUGUUCUCUUCCUGUCUCUGGAAAUCAUUUCCUGUUUCUGUGCAGCGGAUACUGUACGUAGUGAUAAUGAAGAAAUUAAAAUACACAAAGUAGUAAAA